GAAAUGAGCAAAAUCAGGUAAAAAAAAAAGAGGGUUAGAGCAAAAGAAUUUAAUAAAAAGAAAGAAAAGGAAAAUCUGCUGAGAGGGUGUAUAUGUGUUAGUGUAUCUGCAUGACACCAAAUCAGAGAAGAAACAUCAUUUUGUUCACAAUUUGGCAUUUAAAAGGAAGUGAAAGAAACAGUAGAGAAAAGAAAGAAAAGCAGCAAAAUGUCCAUAGGUUAGAUUUUGUUUUGAUUUUUCUCCUUUCUCUUCAAUCUUCAUCUUCCUUUGAUUUUAGAUAUUUGCCUUUUUAGGAUUUUCAUCAAUCAAUUCUACUCAUAAAGCUCGAAUCCCCCCUUUCUCAGCUUUUUCAGAUAAGUUUUCAUAGGAACACCAACAAAUUUCAAUGUGGGGUUGCUGUUAGAUAAUUGAUAGAAGUGAAUAAGAAAACAGCAAGAGGCUUUUGUUUUUGCUUAAAGAUGGCUGCAUCUUCCUCCUCAGGGCCUUUCUUUGGAAUUAGAGAAGAGGAUCAAAACCAGAUGAAGCAACAGCAUUCUUCAACACCAACUUCAUCGACAGGGCCAGCUCCACCGCCGCCUCAGAAGAAAAAGAGAAACCAACCUGGAACACCAAAUCCAGAUGCGGAAGUGAUAGCACUAUCUCCCAAGACUCUAAUGGCAACAAACAGGUUCAUUUGUGAGGUAUGCAAGAAAGGGUUCCAAAGGGAGCAAAACUUACAGCUCCACAGAAGAGGACACAACCUGCCUUGGAAGCUAAGGCAGAAGACUACAAAAGAAGUGAAGAGGAAGGUUUAUCUCUGCCCUGAGCCCACUUGCGUUCACCAUGAUCCGUCCAGGGCACUUGGCGACCUCACUGGCAUCAAAAAGCAUUACUCAAGAAAGCAUGGUGAGAAAAGAUGGAAGUGUGAGAAGUGUUCCAAGAGGUAUGCCGUGCAAUCCGAUUGGAAAGCUCAUUCGAAAACCUGUGGCACUCGAGAGUACAGAUGUGACUGUGGCACUCUCUUCUCAAGGCGUGACAGCUUUAUAACUCACAGGGCAUUUUGUGAUGCACUGGCUCAGGAAAGUGCAAGGCACCCUCCUUCCUUGAACCCCAUUGGCUACCAUUUUUAUGGAAGUAGCAAUACAAGCUUAGGCCUAUCUCAAGUGGGAACUCAAAUUUCAUCGAUACAAGGCCAGAAUAAUCAGACUGGUGACAUUUUAAGACAUGGUGAUGGCGGCAGGAGUACCCAAUUUGAUCAUCUUCUCUCUCCAUCAAUGGGAUCGUCGUCUUCGUUUCGACCUCAACAACCCAUGGUUUCUUCAGCUGCUUUCUUAAUGCAAGAGUCUAACCAAAAUUUCAAUCAAGAACAUCAACCUCAACAAGGAUUGUUGGGAAACAGCAAAUCGUUCCAAGGACUAAUGCAGUUUCCUGAUAUGCAAAACAAUACAAGCAACCCUCCUUCAGCAGCCAAUCUAUUCAAUCUUAGCUUCCUUUCCAAUAGUAGCAACACAAGCAUCAUCAAUAACAGCAACAAUGCCAAUGCAGACAACAAUUUAACAUCUUCAGGUUUGCUAAUCUCUGAUCAUUUCAACAAUGAAAACGUUGGCGGCCGUGGGACAAGCGAAGCGUCAAAUCUCUUCUCAAACAACAUAAUGGGCGAUCAAAUCACCUCCAACAUCCCUUCUUUCUUUACGUCAUCGGUUCAAAACAAUAAUAUGGUACCCCAAAUGUCCGCAACCGCAUUGCUUCAAAAAGCUGUUCAAAUAGGCUCAACUUCAAGCAACAACAACAGCGCCACUCUUCUAAGAAGCUUUAGCACUUCCUCAACCGGAACCAAAUCCUCAGACUUUGGAGGCAUUUUGGGAGAUAGUACCGUGAAAAACCUACAUGAACUAAUGAACUCCCUGGCAAGUGGUAACUCCUCCAUUUUUGGAGGUGGGUUUGGAGGAGUCAAUACAUAUAGCACUGCACAAGGACUAGAAAGCCCUUACUUAAAUAGAAAUAGCAUGGAACAAGAAAAGCAGCAGCAGCAGAAGCAAAAUUUAAAUGUUAGCGUUGGUGGGUCAGAUAGAUUGACUAGGGACUUCCUUGGGGUCGGGCAAAUGGUCAGAAGCAUGAGCGGAGGAGGGGUUGCACAAAGGGUGCAACAGUCGCAGCAACAGCAAGAAGGAAUGGGAUUAAGCGCCUUGGGUUCAGAGAGAAAUACAAAUACUACUGCGCAGGCGGGCCACCAAUCUUUUGGAGGAGGUGAGAGUUUUCAGUGAAGAAGAAAAAAAAGGGGAUAUAAAGAAAGUACAAAGAUAUUGUUCCAUGGCAAGGCCUUUUUUGCUCUUCUCCAGUGCUUUUUAUUUUCAAUACAUCAAGUGACCAACCUGGAGAAGUGGAGGCCAAAGGGAGGGGGGGUCAUGAUCAAGUGUGCAUCAUUCAGCAAAGGCAGCUUAACCCCCCUAAAGUCCAAGCAGUAUGAAAACUUUCUUUCUUCCCUUCUUUUUUUUUUCCUCCCUUCAACUGUUAAUGUGAAUGAGUUUCUAAUCAGUUCCAAGCUACAAUCUUUUUAUCUUAAUUUGGAUGUUGACUUUAGCCAAAAAAAUCGUUCCUUGUUUCCUUUUCAAUUAGUUCAAUUUAGUUCAACAAUAGUAGUUAUACUUAUAUGUUAGCCAGACAUCUUUGUAGAAUAAGGAUCGUUUUCUUUUUCCUCCGGAUUUGCUCUCAAACCAAGACAAUUUUGUUCUAUUAGCCCUUGAGACUACACAAACGGAUCUUGAAAUUUAUGUAGUUAUCCUGUUUUAUACUUGAAAAUAAUCAUGGAGUAGCAUUUCCUUGUUCCCUUUGCUCAAAUUCUUUAAAAGAAAAAAAAUUAGAUUGCUUAUAAAUAUCUUAACUAAUAGACUCAUAAUCGAACAUUUAACAUACACAUAUAAACGUACAUAAAAUUAGUGUAACAUUAUGUGUUACAAUUUUUUUUUAAAUAGUAUUUUUAUGGUGUUGGUUUGCUACACCCUUGAUUUUUGGUGGGAUCUUUGGUUCAUAGCUUUCAUUUUUUAUUUUUGUUUCUCAUGUAUAGUGGAUCAUACUACAAGAAAAUUGCUCUAUACUGACGCUCAAAAAAUCAUCAGUAAAACUUAAAAUUUUAUCGGUAUAGCAUAAUAAACUUUAUACUGACGGUCAAAAUAUUUAUUUCGACGAAUUUCUAACAAUUAGUAUAUAUCUUGUCGAUAUAAACUUGUACUGACAGUUUUAGUCCGUCAUUAUAUGUAUAGCUAUUGGUAUAGCAACUAUUGUGUAUUGCGCAUUAUAUCUUUUACUGACAAUUAUUUCCCAUUAGUAUAUACUUGUAUAUUUUAAUUUUUUUCAACCUAUACUGACGGUGGAUUUGUCAAUAUAUCUUUUACCAAUAGUCAGUGCCCGUUAGUAUAGCCUUAUGUGUUUUAACUUUUAUCGAUGGUUUAUUCAUGAUAACU